ACGUCACAAUUCCCUUCGGCGGUGCAAAGCGGCAUUUUGCAAAGGAAAGGGUGCCUCUGUUAUAUUUCCACCCGUCAUCCGGUCAGUCCACUGGUAGACAAAUUUGAAAACGGGCGUGCGUCUAUGAUGACACCAACCAUUUACGGCAUGUUCGAAACCAAGACUGGCACCUGGCAGUAUGUCAUUGCCGACACAGCUACCACGACGGCUGCUAUCGUUGAUCCAGUUCUGGAUUAUGAUCCCGUCAAUCAAAUCUUGACCGACCGAGCCGCCAACUCUUUGGUCAUCUUUAUUAAAGAAACUGGCUUGAGAGUCGAUAAGAUCCUUGAAACCCAUAUCCCCGAAGAUCAUAUAUCGGCGGCGCCCUAUCUUCAACGUUGGCUUUCCUGCGAUCAGGGGUAUAUACCGCCCGUCUGCCUGGGAUGCCGUGUGAAAGAACAUCAAGGUGCAGUCAACCACAAUGAGAAAGUAGUACAUCGAGAGGAAUACCAAGGCUCCUGCCUGAAACUUCUGAGAGACGAAGAAACAUUCAAUAUUGGUGAACUCGUAGUCACGGCUGUUCAUCUUCCAGGACAUAGUCCUCAUCACCUCGGCUACAAGAUUGGUGACAACGUCCUUUGUGGAGACACCAUCCUUCACCCCGAUAUUGGUACCGCACGUUGUGAUCUCCCUGGCGGUAAUGCGCACGAACUAUUCGAAUCAUGUCAGCGACUCUUAAGUUUGCCAGACCAUGUACGAAUCUGGCCCGGUCAUGAUAGCCUUCCUGGAGGGCGCGAGCCCAUAGCUUGGAUGGCAGUCCGGGAUCAUAAAGAGCGGAACAAACACUUGAGAUCUGGUAUAGGUAAAGAAGAGUUUGUAGCUCUACGGGGUCAGGAAGAUGCUGGCUUAGCAAAGUCGAAGAAUUUGCAUCAACAGCUACAGAUAAGCCUGCGCGCGGGAAGAUCUUCAAAGUCGCUAAUCAGCGGUCUUCAGAAACCCAUCCUCUCACUCAAUCUGGAAAGUCCACAUAAUUGA